AUCAAAUAUUUAUUUGGACUUCAUUAAAAAUGAGCACUAUUAUAUCCAUAACAGUAAUUUUGCUGGUUACUUUGCCUGCUUCGCUUUCUGUAUUACAUACACGGCCAGAAGAUGCUAAAUUGAAUUUCACUGAGCUUGGAAUAAAAUAUGGACAUUCCGUCGAAGAACACGACGUGGUCACUGAAGACGGAUACAUUUUAACUUUAUUCCAUAUUCCUGGAAAGAGGUCACAAUCUAUUCUUCUUAUACAUGGCAUUUUUGACUCCGCUGACACUUUCAUUAUAAGAGGGCAGCUUUCUUUAGUCCUCACAAUGGCUAAUAAAGGGUAUGACGUGUGGGCUGGAAAUACAAGAGGCAACAAGUAUGGUAGAAGACAUACGUAUCUCGAUCCGGACACCGAUGCGGAGUUUUGGGACUUCAGUUUACAUGAAGCUGGUUACUAUGAUCUAGCCGCAAUAGUUGAUUUCGUUCUAGAAUGGACUGAUGAGAAGAGCAUAAGAACGAUAGGACAUUCUCAAGGAACGUCAGCACAUUUUGUUUUGUUAUCAACAAGACCGGAAUAUAACAAGAAAAUUAAAGGAUUCAUUGCCCUAGCGCCUGUUGCAUUCCUCAAUAACUUAAUCCCUCCAGUGUCAACUGUGACUGAGGUAGGACCAGUGAUAAACAAGUUUCUGAAAUCAUUAGGAAUAGAAGAGUUGUUACGAGAUCAAUCCGCGGCUAGAGAGCUCAUCGAGCUGAUAUGCAGCCAAGGUAUUAUCAGCUACGAUCUUUGCUAUAUACUUGCCAAUUCACCAUUUUUGGGCUUCGAUUCUAAAAGAAUUGAGCCUGAUUUUUGGGAAGUAAUCACAGGACACUGCCCGGCAGCUACUAGUAGAAAAAGCCUUGUGCACUUUGAUCAAAUUGCUCUCAGUAAAAGAUUUGCUAACUAUGACUAUGGAACUUUAGAAAAUUUCCGACGAUACAAAGUUUUGGUUCCCCCUAGUUACAAUUUAGGGAAAAUCACAACAAAUAUAUCAUUGAUUGUUGGCCAGAACGAUUUAUUAUCGAGGGUAAAGGAUGUAAAUAAUCUGAAAUCAUUACUCCCUAGAGAGCCUAAAUACCAUUUAAUGGAACCAAUACUAUGGAACCAUGUUGACUUUGUAUGGGCUAAUGAUAUGGAUGUAUAUUUAUAUCCGUAUAUAUUCUCGUCAUUAGAAGACUUUGAAUGACGCGGACUGCGCGGACAUGUUUGGUACAAAUGUGUUAUAUAUAACAUAACACAGUAUUGUAAUAUCAUGCAUUUUUGUUUGAGGCACUAUUAAGUUCAGGCCCCUGUUUGAAAUAGGCGCCUUGCAGAGAAACAGAAGUGUAGAACACGAUUCUAUAGUAUUUUUUUGUUUUGUUUAUUAUUAAUGUUGAAUUAUAGAUAAAACGGUUUAGUCGGAGCAUGUCUCAUUCUUAGGAGGUCAGCCGGGCUAUGAUGGUCGUCUAUAUAAAUGGCUGUAUAAAUGAUGAUAAAAUAGUUUUGACGUCUUAUCCACUUUUGACAACGAUAGCCGUUAAAUGCAUAACAUGGUCGUUGGAUAAUAUGUCAUUUGUCUAAAUUUCGAGUUAGGACACGUUCUGAGUUUGUCACUUUCUGAGUUCGUCACAUUCUGAGUACGUCAAUUUCUGAGAACGCCACUUUUGGAGCACGUAACUUUCCGAGUUCAUCACUUUCUGAGUACGUCAGUUUUUUAGCAUAGUAAGAUUUAAGCGUAUACCGGCAUGAACAAUAGAUACCAGCAAUCAUAUGAUAGUAGCUGUACUGUAAGACAGUUUCCCGUUAUCGUCUAUAGAUUCGUAUUACUCUUCAAUGGCCACUAAAAAAACACAACCGUAUGUCAUACAGUAACUUAUACUAGAGCGGUACUGUCAUAGUAAAUUUUGUAACCCCAAUAAAUUCACUGCCAUCUGUCGACAAACUUUAAAACUAAAAAUGAAGUUUUAUAAAAAUACGAUAAAAUGUUUUUAAAUAUAGAUAAAUGUUUUUUUUUUAUUUGCAUUAAUUAUCUUUAUGAUUUUGACCCAUGUUCUUUCACUGAUAUGCGUUAAAAUUGUUAAAUAACAAACGAAACCGUCAACGCCACCUAUACGACUGUAGGCCAAAACUAGUAGCGCCCUCUGAACGAGAAUCAAAUUUUCUUGAUUUUCGAGGCACGUCUUUUCCUUAGACCAAAGAUAGAUAUAACUCCGUAAUAGAUGGAUACAGUCUAAGGAAAAAACGUGCCUCGAAAAUCACGAAAAUUUUAUUCUCGAUCAGAGGGCGCCACUAGUUUUGGCCUACUCUCGUAUAGAGGGCGCUGACGGUUUCGUUUGUUAUCUAUAAUUUUAACGCACAUCAGUGAAAGAACAUGGGUCAAAAUCAUAUAAAAAAAAAAAUACAAAUAAAAAAAUCAUUUAUCCGUAUUUAAAUACAUUUAACGUAUUUUUAUAAAUCUUCAUUUUUAGUUUUAACGUAUGUCGAUAGAUGGCAGUGAAUUUACAGCGGUUACAAAAUUUACUAUGACAGUACCGCUCUAUCUUAUUAUAUCCUCAUUGCUUAGACUGUAUCCAUCUAUUACGGAGUUAUAUCUAUCUUUGAUCAUACAUAAAAGCGGCCGUAUGCAGUACAGCUAAUAUGAUAUGAUUGCUGGUAUCCAUUGUUCGUGCAGGUGUUAAAAAACUGACGUACUCAGAAAGUGACGAACUCAGACAGUGACGUCCUUUGCAUAAACACAUAUGUUUGGCCUACCAAGCAUGAUUAAAUA